CGAGUUUACAAGAAAAUAAACGCUGAAAAAAAUGGCGGAAUAAUAUUCCCUCCAAAUUCAAAACAUUUUGAUUAAUGGACUCAAACCCACCUUCUUCCCUCCAAAUCCUUUCCCAAAUCUCUCCCCUUUUCGGAAUCUUCCUCCUAAAUUUCGAAACUUUCACAAAUUUUUGGAGCCAAUUUCGAAAAUUUCUCCUUCAAUUACCUUCGAUUCGAUCUAAACGUAGACAAUUCCCCACAAAACUAAACCCUAACUUCUCCUCUUUCUUCAGAAAAUUCGAUCUGGGUGUGUUGUUAAUGGCGUCGAGUGACCCACCACCCUCUCCUAAAAUCGAAAACCCAAACAAAACCCUAGACGAAGACGAGCCUUCACCCACCGCCCCGAUUCGAGCCCUCGUUGCUCACUCCCUCGCCCUCUCCUCACCAAUUCGCCAGAUCCAAAACCCAGAUGAAACCCUAGUCACGCCUUCUUCAGCUGAUAACGAGUACAGAGAUUCUCAAAUCAUGCCAUCUGCGGAACCAGGGAGGUACAUGCCCAAUUUUGAGUAUCUUAGCGACGACGAUGAUACCAAGAUGGAGACUGCAGAGCCUUUCUCGUGGUCGUUUCUGAAGAAUGAACCCACUGGUGUUGGUGCUGGAUUGUAUAACUCAGGCAACACUUGUUUCAUAGCUUCUGUCUUACAGUGCUUUACUCAUAGUGUGCCUCUUCUCGACACACUUCGCUCUUACAAAUAUCAAGACCCUUGCAACUGUGGGAAUGAUAAUUUUUGUGUUCUGAGGUCUCUUAGAGAUCAUAUUGAGCUUUCCCUGAGGUCUUCUGGAUAUAAUUUAAAGAUUGAUCGGUUUCGCGAUAACCUUAAUUAUUUCUCAGCUGACUUUCAGAUAAACAACCAAGAAGACGCUCAUGAGUUUCUUCAGUCGUUUCUGGAUAAGUUAGAGAGGUGUUGUUUGGAUCUUAGUAGUAGUAAUAACCCUGGUGCUGUUGUCUCUUCUCCGAGGGUUAAUAUUGUUGACAAUGUCUUUGGUGGGCGUCUCGUUAGUAAGCUUCGUUGCUGCAACUGCAACUCCUCUUCGGAAACAUUUGAACCGUCUGUUGGAUGGAGUCUUGAAAUUGACGAUGUUGAUGAUCUUUCCAGCGCUCUAGAGUCUUUUACAUGUGUUGAAAAACUCGAGGACCAGCUUACGUGUGAUGACUGUAAAGAGAAAGUCUCAAAGGAGAAGCAACUUAAGUUCGAUAAGUUGCCUCUUGUUGCUACGUUCCAUUUGAAGAGGUUUAAGAACGAUGGAGUCUAUAUGGAGAAGAUCUUCAAAGAUGUCAAGUUCCCUUUGGAGUUGGAUAUGCUCCCUUACAUGAGCAGUAACGAAAAUCCUCAAGUGUCAACAAAGUACUAUCUCUAUGGCAUGGUGGAGCAUCUUGGGAGUGGAGUACAUUUUGGUCAUUACUCAUCGUAUGUGAGAUCAGCUCCUGAGACAUGGCACCAUUUUGAUGAUGCAAAGGUCAGGAGAAUUAGUGAAGAAUGUGUUCUAUCAAAGAAUGCUUAUAUGUUAUUUUACGCAAGAGAAGGAACUCCUUGGUUCUCUGCUGCUUUUGAAGAGCUAAAGACAUUGUACGAAGCUACUCCUAUAAAUUUCUCUCCCACGUCGGUGCUUGAGACCACCCUUGAGACCACCUGCAGAGAUGAGUGCAAUUCAAACAAAGCUUUUAAUGGCUCAGUGGGAGUAUCGAUCCCGGGUGGAAGUUACUCAGAUUACCGUUGUGAUGAGCCACAAGAUGAAGUGCUUCAUUCAGCGGAGCCUAUCAGUUAUGACGUAUCUUUUACCUUUAAGUCACCAAAUGCUGAUGAAUCUGGGAAACAGUUUGCUGAGACCUCUUACCAAGAAGAGGCUACUUUGUGUCCAGCUGGCAACAGAGCUACUACCAUUGACUUUUCUGUGCCUGAGCUCAAGAUUCAAGAGCAAGACCCAUCUCCAAAACGAAAAGCUGCUGAGAGAGCUAACAUUGGUGAAGAAGCUUUUAUGCCUAAGCCCAAGAUUCAAAAACCAAAUUCCUUUGCAAAACGCCAAGGAACGUUUCUGAUUAAACGUGAGCAUUUGCAAAAUAAGAAGAAAGAAGAAAUUCAAGAAACAAAGCCGAUUAGAAGCAAUGUUACUACUGCUUCUGUUGCAGAUGUUAAGGAGAAAGAACAUGCUAUUCAAUAUCUCAGGAACAUGCCUUCAUCUCGCUCGCGAAUGCUUGCUGCAGCUAUAGGUGUUGAGGUCAAGAAGAAGAAUCUCUCUAACAUCAGAAGAUCGAAUCUUCACAGGAAUCUCUCUGAACGGCCAUCAAAUUGACAUUUGGGAUAAAAGCUGCUACUCUGUUCAACUUUCUUCAUUUGUUUUUUUUUUUUCUUUGUUUGGGGUUUUCUUGUGUAUAUCACUCUUAUCAAAUUUUGUAAAGCUCCAACCAAAAAUUAUCAAGAUUAAUGUUUUUUCAAUUGUAAAAUCAUAAAAUAUUCAAUUAUUAGGAAAUACAACGUUUAGUAAUUAAAAC